CUUCUUAGUUAUUUCCCCAUUUAAUUCCUCGUCGCUGUCGGCUGAUCUAAAACCUUCAAACUACAGUAGAAAAUAUGCAGCAACGAUGGCAGAAAAAGAAAAAACAUUUCCCUCUCAUCGCGCUCGCCUUCUUUGUUUUCAUAGCAUUUUCAAUUUUUCGGAGUGAGUCCAGUAUUCGAGUAAUUCAUCAACACCAAGCUCGAAAUGGCCAAAAGCACAGACAGAAUGCUUCUUUGCUCUCUUCCACGCCUUCCCAUAUUUUUAAUCUUUCAAAUAAGCCUCCAGUGGGCUUAGAUAAGUUUACUACAUGCGCUUCCACUGUGAGGUAUAGUGGCCGGAGAGCUGUUUCAGCCGUCCUUGGGGAGGAAUCUGGUGGUCGGAGGGCGGUGUCUGAGGUGGAAGGUUGUGAUUUCUUCUCUGGAAAGUGGAUUUUUGACAAUGUUUCGUAUCCAUUGUACAAUGAGUCUCAUUGUCCGUACAUGUCCGAUCAAUUGGCUUGCCACAAGCAUGGGAGGCAAGACUUGGGGUAUCAGUUCUGGAGAUGGCAGCCACAGAACUGCAAUAUGAAGAGGUGGGAUGCAGUCAAAAUGUGGGAUAAAUUGAGGGGGAAGAGAUUGAUGUUUGUAGGCGAUUCACUCAAUCGAGGGCAGUGGAUAUCAAUGCUGUGUUUGAUGCAGUCUGUGAUUCCACCGGAUAAGCAGUCCAUCACGCCCAAUUCUGAACUCACAAUCUUUCGAGCAGAGAACUACAAUGCCACUAUCGAGUUCCUUUGGGCGCCUCUUCUUGUGGAAUCUAACUCCGACGAUGCAGUUGAUCACCGCAGAAAUGAGAGAAUACUGCGCCCUGAUGCAAUUCUCAGGCACUCAUCGCGAUGGGAGCAGGCAGAUAUACUGGUUUUUAAUUCAUAUCUGUGGUGGAGACAGGGCCCGGUGAAGCUGUUAUGGAGCAAUGAUGAAAGUGGAGCUUGUGAAGAAAUUACUGGCCUUGGAGGCAUGGAGUUGGCCAUGGAAACAUGGGCUGAUUGGGUGGCAUCUCACGUUGAUCCCCUAAAAAAGAAGGUUUUCUUCGUCACAAUGUCGCCUACACAUCUCGGGAAGUACGAGUGGGAGGCCGGAAGUGAAGGCAACUGUUACAACGAGAAGCAGCCUAUAGACGACGAGAGAUACUGGGGAACUGGCUCGGACCUGCCCACGAUGAGAAUGGUCGAGAAGAUGCUGGCCCGGGUCAGUUCAAAGGUUACGGUACUUAACAUCACUCAGCUCUCCGAGUACAGGAAAGACGGUCAUCCCACAAUUUACCGUAAGUUUUGGGAGCCUUUGGAGCCUGAGAAAAAGUCGAACCCUGCUAGCUACUCCGACUGCAUCCACUGGUGCCUGCCUGGGGUUCCAGAUGUCUGGAACGAGCUGCUAUUCCAGUUUUUGUAACAACUUCUUUGGACAUGAUUGUUGGUUUUACUUUUGCUUUUGCAAAUAUGUAAAUUUCAAGAAAUUGUGUAGUUGAAGGAAUCUUGAAGCAGUUAUGGAGUAUACAGAUUGAUUGUGGGUUA